UAAAAUCAAAAAAAAAAAUUAACCGCUCGGUAAAUUUUCUCUCUCUUUCAUCUUCUUUCUGACAUACUCUUUCUUCUUCAUUAUAUUUGUUUUUGAAAUCAGUCUUUUUCUAUUUCCCAUCUCCUCUGACCUAGACGUUUGUCAUCGUCGUUUGGUUGCUCUUCAUUUUCUCUCGUUCUGUAGUUCGCCUGCGUUGCAUUUCGAGGAAGAACAAAUCCGGGCUAAGAAGAUAAUGGGAAAAGAAAAGAUCUUCUUCGGCAGUGAUGACACGAAAGGGAAGAAACGGCCAGCCCGUACUGUGGAAGUGGAUUCUGAGAUCCUGGAAAUUGUUCUGCACUAUGAUGGAGAAUUUGGAGAAGGUGGUUAUUUGUGGGGCGACGUGUGUGCAAGAUGUUUUGACAUUUCCCAACUGUCACUGAAUAGGCUUGAUUUGUGGGCCAAAAAAAUUGGAGUGAAGGGGCUGGUUAUGUAUUAUUGGAGGCAGCCAGAGUUGGACUAUCAUCGAGGGAUAAAACCUCUUGAACAUGAUAGAGAUGUUGAGGAGAUGGCAAGGGCUGCACUAAAAGAAGGUGUGGUUGAUGUCUACGUUCGAUAUUUAACCUCUGAUGAUGUGCAUAAUUUGGUGCCUGAGAGUGGACCCAAGUUAGAAUUGAAAGAAAUUGAAGAAGAUGGUCCAUUUGAGCCAGUUGAAGAUGGUCCAGUGGAGGCAGUUGAAGAUGCCGCGGGAGUUGAAGAAGGUCCAGGUGAUGAAUUAUUGUUGCUAGAGUGGUACGGCACUGAAGAUGAGGGCCAAGUAGAAGCCUUGGAAGUGGAGAUUGCUGCUGCUGAAGGCCCAUCUGAUGUGGCUGAAGGUCCAGAAGAAGGGUGCAGCAAAAAACAGAAGAACAAAUAAAAACGAAAGAACAAAUAAAUGUAGCGUUGUUUUGUAUUUCCGGAUAUUGUUGUUAUUUUAUUUUAAAACACUUAUAUGUUUUUUAUAUGUGCUAUUUCAUAAUUUAGCAUUGUUUAUUAUUUCCUGA